AAAUAUUUUUAAUAUGAUAAAAUAUCCUUCAGUCGGUAAUGUUAGGUAGCUCUAUCUUUCGAUCAAAAAUUGUAUUAAAGAGACAAAACAGCCAUCUGAAGUAACAAAAUGAUAACUUCGUUUUUUGUCAGAACAAAUCUAACCUCUUUGGUGAAAGUGUUGAAGUAUUAUUUGAAAAAAUGGAUAUGUUUUUAUUAAUAUUUUGUGUAAUAGUUAUUACACUUCUAAUAACCGCAUCCACGAUGUAUCUUCGUCGAAAUAGAGCUACGGAGAAAGAAAGACCUCAGGAUCAAGGUGUAGAACGUCGACAAAUUAGACGAAUAGUUGGUAAUAGAAAUGUUCGUCAUCGUAUACAAGUCAGAGCAAAUGAUCAGAUAAAUGCAAAUGAAAAUGAAGAAUCAGAGAAUGAUGAAGCAGAGAUAGAUACAACUAUGGAUAUACUGGAUAGCAAAAUUGGUGCUAAGAAACGGGCAAAAUUAGUAGCUAAAGCUGAAAAGAAAGUACAAAGAGAAAUUAAUAAAUUUGAACAGGAGAAACGUAAGAAGGAAGAAGAAAAGCGACAAAAAGAAAGGGACAAACAACGCGAAGAAGAACAAGAUAAAGAAAUGCGUCAAGAGGAGGAAGCCAGAAAACUUAGAGAACUGAAGGAACGAAAGGAAUACGAAGAAUAUUUAAAAAUGAAGGAAAUGUUUAGCGUGGAAGAGGAAGGUUUCCAAGAGGAUGAAAAUGUUUUACUGGAAGACAUUAAGGAAUAUAUCAAACUAAAAAAAGUAGUGUAUCUAGACGAUGUCGCUGCACAUUUCUCACAAAAAACAGCAUUCGUCGUAGAUAAGAUUUUGGAGUGGCAAAAAACAGGUAAUUUAACCGGAGUAAUAGAUGAUCAAGGAAAAUUCAUUUAUAUUACUGAGAGCGAACUCGAUGCUAUUGUAAAAUUCAUUAAACGACGUGGUAGAGUUAGUAUCUCUGAACUUUCUGAACAUUCAAGUACAUUAAUAAAUAUAGGUUCAAAUUAAAGUAUUCCUAUAAUGAUACAUCCAUAGAUUAAGGAUACUAUCUUUUAGAAAUUUAACGAACGACGUGAUCGAAUGAAUUAAGAAAAAAGGAAAUGAUUUUUGCGACUUGAUAAAAUGAUCAAUAAAGUCGAAAGAGCGAAAUCGAUGGAAGAAUGUCAUGCAAUUUUUGUCGUUAUUAAAUUUUUAAUUAUUAAUAAUAUACUAUUGCACGCACACGCAUAUAUAUAUAUAUAAAUAUAUAUAUAUAUAUAUAUAUAUAUAUAUAUAUAUAAGUGUACAUAGAUUUUACAUAAAGUUAUAAAUCACGAUCAAUAUUUAUCUAUUUCUAAUACUGUAUGGAACGGUUCAUGCAUAUACGAAUAUUGUAUAUUUAUAUAUAUAUAAAUAAAAAAGAGAUGAAUGUUUUGUUUCUGA